AUGUUCCUUUCACAUGUUCAGCCCAACCCCCAGAGCUCCACCCCCUCAUCACUCGCCAUCGGGCCUCGGGUCCCCCCCUCCCACAUCCGCAACUUCUGCAUCAUUGCCCAUAUCGACCACGGCAAGUCCACACUGGCCGACCAGCUGCUGCUGGCCACGCACAGCGUGGCCCAGCGUGACAUGCAGGCCCAGUACCUGGACGGCAUGGACCUCGAGCGGGAGCGGGGCAUCACCAUCAAGCUGUGCGCGGCGCGCAUGCGCUACCGCGGUGCGGCCGACGGCCAGCAGUACGCGCUCAACCUGAUCGACACCCCGGGGCACGUCGACUUUGCGUACGAGGUGUCGCGCUCGCUAGCCGCCUGCGAGGGCUGCCUCCUGGUGGUGGACGCCAGCCAGGGCGUGGAGGCCCAGACCCUGGCCAACGUCUACCUUGCGCUGGAGUCCGACCUCACCAUCAUCCCCGUGCUGAACAAGAUAGACCUGCCCGGUGCUGACGUGGAGCGGGUGCGCCAGGAGAUCACCGACGUGGUCGGGCUGGACGCAUCCGACGCCCUCCUCGUGUCUGCCAAGCAGGGCAUCGGCAUCGCGGAGGUCCUGGAGGCCGUGGUGCAGCGCAUCCCGCCACCCAGGGACACGCGGGGGGACCCGCUACGGGCGCUCAUCUUCGACUCCUACUACGACCCGUACAAGGGCGUGGUGGCCCAGUUCCGGGUGAUGGACGGCGAGUUGCGGAGGGGCGACGUCGUGCGCUUCAUGAACACGCGGUGCGAGCAUCCCGUGGCCGAGCUGGGGGUGCUGGCGCCCAAGGCCGUCGAGGUGGAGAGCCUGCAUGCUGGGGAGGUGGGCUACCUGGCGGCUGCCAUCAAGUCGGUGGCCGACGCUCGCGUGGGCGACACGGUGACGCUGAAGCGCGAGCCCGCGACCGAGGCGCUGCCGGGAUACACGGAGGUCAAGCCCAUGGUCUUCUGCGGCAUGUUCACCAUCGACGCCGACCAGUACGGGGGCUUGCGCGAGGCGCUGACCAAGCUGCAGCUGAGCGACGCCGCGCUGUCCUUCGAGCCCGAGGUGUCCUCCGCCAUGGGCUUCGGCUUCCGCUGCGGCUUCCUGGGCCUGCUGCACCUGGAGAUUGUGCAGGAGCGGCUGGAGCGGGAGUACGGCCUGGACCUCAUCACCACCGCGCCCACCGUGGUCUUCCGCGCGCGCACCAGCGAUGGCGCGGAGCACGUCGUGGACUGCCCUAGCAAGCUGCCGCCCGCCGCCACGCUGUCGGCUGUGCUGGAGCCCUACGUCAGACUGGAGGUCAUCACGCCCAAGGAGUAUGUGGGGCCCAUCCUGGACCUGCUCCAGACCCGGCGCGGAGAGCACAUCGAGAUGCAGUUCAUGACCGAGGCGCGGACCACCGUGGUGUACGACAUGCCCCUGGCGGAGGUGGUGAUGGACCUGUUUGACGCGCUGAAGUCGCGGUCCCGAGGCUACGCGUCCAUGGAGUACUCCAUCACAGGCUGGCGUGAGAACGACCUGGUGCUGCUGGAGGUGUCCAUCAAUGGGGAGCGGGUGGAGCCGCUGGCCGCCAUUGUGCACCGCGCCACGGCGUACAACAUUGGGCGCGCGCUGGUGAAGAAGCUGAAGGAGGUGAUCCCGCGCCAGCAGUUCCGGGUGCCCAUCCAGGCCAGCAUCGGCGCGCGGGUGCUGGCCUCAGAGGCCAUCCCCGCGCUGCGCAAGGACGUGCUGGCCAAGUGCUACGGCGGCGACAUCUCGCGCAAGAAGAAGCUGCUGCAGAAGCAGGCCAAGGGCAAGAAGCGCAUGAAGGCAAGGGGGUCGCUGGGCAAGGUGGACGUGCCGCAGGACGCCUUCAUGGCGGUCCUGCGCAUCAACCGCACCGGCGGGGAGGACUAG